AGGGGAGAAAAGAAGAUCACGCAAGAGCACCCCUCAACAGUGGGGCAGCAUAACUUAUCGUUGCAUCGCACACCACGAAGCUCAACGCAGCCGUCGCUCUGGCUCUUCCAUUGUCUUCCUUUUAGAAAUAAACAUCAAAGAAAAAUAUAAUAUCCAGCGCUCUCAAUGCAGUGUGCGAAAGAUGCGCCGAUCUUCACCGUGCAGUCCGUCGUUCAGGGAUUGGCGUCGGACAGCGCCCUCCUCCUCAGCCUUGUCACCACCGUCGAGCGGACGGCGACGCCGCAGCAGAAGACCACCUUUGCGCGUCACUUUGUCUCGUUGCUGCUGCUGUGUCGUGACGAGAGCGUCUUCGCCGGCAGCGAGCUCCUCGGCGAGUUGUUCUUGCUAGACCUGGAUCAGGCGAUGUGGCGCCAGCGCGACGCCGCCGCGUUUCUCCGUCGCCCGGCCACGAUCGUGAGCUGCCUGUUGGAGCAACUGUCACGUGAGACCUUCACCUCUCCAGAGGGGAAUCUGCUGCCGCAUCUUGUGGCCGCGACGCGGGUGCUGAGCGCCGGCGACGACACCUCCGCCUCGAGCAUCGCAACACCGAUGGGGGCGUCAACCGGGCAGUGGAGUCACCACUCCGAGGACGGCCCCCUCGCCUCGCCGGCGCAGCCGGAUGGGAUCAGCGUGUACGACCGCUUUAGCACGAGUGAGCUCGCCGGGCUGUCCACGGCAGAGCAGCAGUUCUUCGGCGACCUGGGUCGCUCCCCGCACCUCAUGCAUUCCGUUUCGAGCAGCGUCGGCGCCACCGGGAUGGAGGGUUCGCGGCCGCCUCUGCAGGCGAGUUUUGCCUCCUCCGGUCAGCCGCCGCAGCCGGCCCGCCGCGUCUCCUUUCUGUACGGCUCCAACGGUGGCGGCGCGGAGGCGGCCACGACGGCGGCGGCAGCAGCAGGCCCCUCGAGCUCCGGCUGGCGGGACAGCUUCCGCUACACGGAGGCGUCGAACGAGAACGGCAGCCGCCCGGCGACGCGCACCGCCUUCACCGGGGUGCAAGUCCGAGAGGCGGUCGACUUCUUCUCCGAGGCGGCCGCGAUGGCAGACCCCAAGAACGUGCCGAACGCCGAGUCAGCCCUCAACGUGGUCGACGUGCGCGCGGAGGCGGUGCUGACCCUCGCCUUCCAAAUCCAAGACGUGGUGGCGAAGCACAUCUCGGACUGUCCCCUCGUCUUGCGACGCGCCUUUUGGCUGUGGCUGCGUGCUGCUUCUGGCCGCAGCGGUCCGCCCGAGUCGGCGGAGAUUUCGCCGGCGCCGCCCGCCACGACGGCCGCAGAUGCUGUGCAUAGACUGGCCCCCAACCCCACGUCCUCCACCACCACGUCCGCCCCAUCCCUGUCUCCGUCGCCGUCGCUUUCGUUUGAGUUUGUCGGCAUGGCAACCAUGGUGAUGUUGCACAUGCUGACGCCGCUGCUGCUGUCCAUCCCGUCCUUUGUGCUGCCCGUAGAGGAGGACGAGAACAGCGAGGCCUACGUGACAACCACUACGCGGUUUCGCUUCAUGGCAACGCUGCUGCAGAAGGCGGCGUACGGCGUAUUCUUUGACGAGAAAUAUGAUGCUGGAUUGACACCGCUAAACCGUGGCAUGCGCGAGCUGCACCGGCGGUGGGUGUCGUGCUUCAGCGCCUUGGCCGAUUACCGCGACGCGUCGUCGAUGAAUUGGUGCUGUCCGCUGCCCUCGCCGACCCGCGGCCUCGCUCUCUCCCCGUCAAGCCAGGCGGAGGAGCAGGCGGUGGUGCAGCGCUACUUCCAAUUUCUGGACGGUUUCUUGGUCCCCUACCUGCAGACGACGGUGCUGCUGCGUCGGUUUACCGAGGCGAUCCACCUGCCGCAGUGGCUGCGCUGUACGUACUUUGGUGCUCGCUUUGCGCGCGGGCAAAUUGGGGGCUCCUGCACCGCCUCCGCCGCCGCCCCUCCGUUGGUUGCCAACACGUCGAGCAUCUCUACUGCUCUUUGGGCCGUCGCGGAGAAAGAUGGAGGUGAGGAAGAGAAGCUGCUGCGCAUGAGCACAGCUGUUUCGCACGUGGUGGCGGGUCUGUCCACUGCCGCGUGCACCAACAAGACGCAGGUGGUGAGUGCGCUGAUGGCGAACUUCAUCUCCUUUCUCGGCACCAACAGCGCGAAGGUGACCACGGUGGUGAUUUACGAGGACCUUCUUCGCCGUUACUGGGCCCAGUUCCCACAGGCUGGCGGAUUGGAUGGAACGGUCGCUUCCAUCGAAAGAGCCGAGGCUGCCGCGGUGCUUAACUUUUACAUUUACCUUGCUGUACAGCACAAUGUGGUGAGUCCGCAGUUCCAGCUGGUGUUGAUCCCGAGCGUGUCGGCUGCGCUGCGCUCGCAAGACCCGCCCCCACGCUUCAGCCACCUUGCCUUUUCUACCACAAGCACGAUGCAGUGGAUCUGGCACGUCCUCGAAGGCGUUCCCGUGGCGUAUCGCCGGCACUGCGACCGUGUCCUGACAGCUACGGUGGCCUCCGGUAAAGGCGGGCUGGACGUGGGGCAGCAAAAGGCUUUCGCAUCCACCGCAACACCGCAAAUGCCGCGGCUGGAGAUCUGCGGCUCGUUCUCAGAACUCAUGUCGUGUCUGUUCCAGGGCCUGUCCAGCUACAUUCCGCUUAGCGCCGACGACUAUCACUGGAUGGUGUGCGAGCAGCAGCAGCCGCAACAGCCGCAACACCAGCUCUCUUCGUCAUCUGCUGUACUUCCUACCACGGAGGCGGCACAUAAGGUGGUGCAGCUCAGCAGCGAGGACUGCUACAUCGACCCAACUGUCACUACCAACAGCUGCUCUACGGCCGCCGCUGCCCAGCACCAUCGCUUAGCGAUAUCCGCCGCGCUGGCCAACACUACCACGUUGCACUCGCUACGCGCACGCUGGCGUCGCCCACUCGCCGUGUCGGAGAGCCUCAGCGCCAGCGGUAUCCUGCCGUUGCACUCCACCCGCGGACUCUUCGAGGUGCUCUGCACCGUCACCUGUCGCCGUCUGUGGACGGACGGCACGUUGCAGCCCAUGAUGGGGGUCAGCGCAAUGGGCGCCCUCGUGCAACCUCUCUGCUCCGUUGCCCAUCUCUACGGCGCGGCGGCCGACGUUGCGGCGACGCUGCUUGUGGCGGUGGACGCGACGCCGCCACCGCGCUGGCUGCGGGACCUGCACUUCAGCCACGGCAGCGUCAGUGUGCACGUCGGUGACAGGGAGGACGGCAGCGGACGGGUCUCCGGUGCGAUGCCCACCACGCCCGGUGCCUCGUCGGCGACCACGCAGCGGAUCGACCAGGUGCACUGGCCGCAGUGUGCGUGGUUCUACCCAACCUUCGAGGAGGACGCCGACGAAGGCGCGUCCGCUGCGACGUCCCUCUGCACCCAGUGGGAGUCGCUGAUGCAGCACGUCCUCUUCUUCAGCAGCGAGUUCGACGCGAACGUGUCGGACUACGACGCCGACUCGAACGUGGCGGAGCAGAUCCUGUCCACGCGCUGGGGACUCCACGGCGGUGGCGGAGAUGGUGGCAGUUCCUCGACCUCGCCGUUGGCCCCAUCUGCGCAGGAGGGCGGGUCUUCUUCUGCCGGGGUAACCGCCGGGCUCUCCUCCCUGCACGCGGUGCCAAGUCUACGCCACCUUUCCAUUGAGAGUCUGUGGCGGCUCUUCCUCUUCAACGUGCGGCAGACGUGUCACAUUAUGCGCCGCAUGACACCGCGUGAGUGUCCGUUCUGCCGCAUGGAGGGCGCCAUCGCCGGUGUCCUCGGCGGUGGCUGCGCACUGCGCAAGUCCACCGUCGCGGUGGUGCGGCCGGUGCUGGCCGAGGACCCGGCCUCCCUCUCGGAGCGCAUUUCCCAAGCCGCCGCCGACGCGCUGCGGACGUGCUUCCCGUCGGAGGUGACCAUCGUCCGCCUCAUCGUGUCCGUCGCGUCGUACAUCCGCAACGUGUACGCGGUCGUGGCCCGGCUGCGCGAGAGCGGCGCGGCGGUGCCUGCGUCCAUGACGCCCGCGAGCUACAAGACAGUGGCCCGCGAUGGGACGGCGCAGCUCCUGUACGGCACGGCCCCGCUCACGGCGGCGCAGGGGCGUUUGGUCGAUUUGUUGUGCUUUGACGGCGACUCGCUCACCCGAAAGGCGUUUCUUCCGUACUACGAAAACUGCACGUGGCACCCGUAUGGGCGGCUGCUGUACGAUUGUUAG